UGUAUAGAAUGAUAGCGGAUUCGAUGCCUGCAGUUUUCGUAUGCCUGCUAAUGUUUUUCAUCCCGAAGGAGCCGAUCUUUAUACACUUUUACAGUAAAGAUUCAUUCAGACGACCGACUAGAUCGUCCGAGGGUCUGAUCACUUGGGAAAUUAUUCAAAAAAAAAUGCCAUGGAGACUAGUAUUUCUGUUAGGCAGCGGUUUCGCUGUUUCUAAAGGUAGCAGUGUUUCUGGACUUGCCAUGAAAGUAGGAUUAGCUUUGGUGCCUUUGAAGGAAUUGCCUCCUCUGUUAAUGCUGUCUGUUGUCCUUCUGUUUGUUAAUACUCUGACAGAGUUUACUUCGAACGUUGGCACAGCUAAUAUACUUCUACCUGUCGUCGCUCACAUGGUAAGAAUCCAUAUAGCAAAACAAUGUUGAAUCAAUAACUCAAAAAUGUUGAAUUAUAACAAAUAUUGAAUUACACUUUCCGACUACGCAUAGAAUUUUCCAGUUUAUAUCCCUGUGCACAAGAGAAAAAAAGGGAUCGAAAUUUUACAAUACCUCACAUCUAGGGGUGUGUAUAAUAAUAUUAUUUGGUCACUGAAUUUAAAUUUGAAGUCGAAUUUCAAAUCCAAUCCAAUAUCGUUAUAUCGAGCUACUAUGUUUAACGAGAUAGCGACCUAGAUAGAUAGAUAAAUAGAUCGAUAGAUAGAUAGAUAUAUGUUAUUGUUCCCCUUAGGGUUACAAAUUUUUACAAAUACAAUAAUAUACAAAAAUACAAACACAAUAGCUUUAUCUAAACUUAACGUGAAACACUUAACCUACUUACACUUAAGAACUUAAUCUACUGAGGGUGUAACAUUCGCACGCUACGACGUCCAUACUCUCCCUCUUUCGACACCUACACACACGCUUCCUGCUAGGACUUUUGUUUCUUAUUGCCUUUUCGUUUCAACUUUAAUCAACUUUUGUUUCAUAUUAUAACAUUUUAUAUUUAACAUUUUCCUUUACUAUUCCACAUUCAUUCUCUCCUGCUUUGUCUUCCAUUCUCCACCUCCCAAUCCUCCCAGUCCUCCUUCCUCAUUCUCUCUCCUCCUCUCAAUACCCUUCCCAUCAUAUUCUGCCAGUUCCCAAUUCCCCACUCCCUACGCCUCUCCUACACGUGCUUCCACAUUUCCAUCUCUCCCUUACAUAGCCUACAUAAUUUUUCCUUCUCUCGCUCUCAAUAUUUCUUUUCCAUCAUCUGAUUUUCUAACCUAAAUCUUGCGAUCCUUUCCCA